UUGCAAGCGUAGACGAAGAAGAAAAUCGGAAUGGACCACUAUUGUGCGUGUGUUUUAUCUGUGUAGUAAAGCGUCACAUUGUGUAACUAAAUAGCGCGUCGUGUCUUGUGACACACGGUCACGAAGACGGUCUGGACGGACUCUGAAAUGUUCCCUGGAUUGGUUUUGUUUCUGUCGGCGAUGUGCUCGCUGCUCGGCGCAGACAGCGCAGCCGGGAAAAAGCUGCACUAUGUAACCGUGUUGUUUCGCCAUGGCGACAGAUCACCAGUCAAGGCCUACCCCACUGACCCGUACCAAGAGAACGCCUGGCCUCAAGGCUUUGGCCAGCUGUCACAGGAAGGGAUGCGUCAGCACUUGGAGCUGGGACAGUUUUUAAGGAAGCGUUACCAAGGCUUUCUCAAUGACAGCUAUGUCCGACACGAGAUCUCGGUGCGCAGCACGGACUACGAUCGCACCCUGAUGAGCGCCGAGGCCAACCUUGCAGGGCUCUACCCUCCGAGCGACGAGCAGCUCUUCUCCUCAAACAUAAAGUGGCAGCCCAUUCCUGUGCACACCGUGCCAAAAAGUGAAGAGAGGCUGCUGUCCUUUCCCCUCGAGGAUUGCCCACGCUACAAGGAGCUCAUGAACGAGACGGAACACACUGACGAAUUUCUGAACGUAACAGCGGCUAACAAGGACAUCAUAGCGCUGGUGCAAAAUAGAACGGGACUGAAUAAGACAACCGUGGACACGGUGUGGGGGGUGUACGACACACUCUUCUGUGAGUCUCGUCAUAACAUGUCAGCUCCCGACUGGGUGACCCCGUCUGUCAUGGAGAAGCUGCGGUUUCUCAAAGACUUUGGAUUCCAGCUUGUGUUUGGCGUCUACAAGCAGCAGGAGAAGAGUCGGCUGCAGGGAGGGAUGUUAUUGGGUGAAAUAGUGAAGAAUCUUUCCAGUGCAGCCGUUUCUACGGACAAGCAGCGUCGGAAAAUGAUGAUGCUCUCAGCGCAUGACACCACUGUGGCAGCCCUGCAGGCCAGCCUGAACGUCUUCAACGGCAAGCAGCCGCCGUACGCCUCCUGUCACAUGAUCGAGCUGUACGUGGAGGAAAAUGGGUCUGCGUCGGUGUCCAUGUUUUACCGGAACGACAGCAAGGAGGAUCCGUACGCUCUUGAGCUGCCGGGCUGCUCCAUGGACUGCCCCCUAGAGGAGUUUGUGAAAAUCACAAAGCUCUCCAUUUCCGACGACAGAGCGCGAGAAUGUCAGCUGCCUUCCAGCGGCAGCAAUAAAGAGGUGAUCAUCACGCUGGUGGCAUCGGGGUGUCUGCUGCUGCUCCUCGUCGUCGUCCUCUUCGUCUCCAUUGUCCGCCACAGGGAGCCGUCGGGCAGCCGGGGGUACCGCCACGUUAUCAACCAAGACGCGGGCGAGGAGUCCUGACAGGAGCGCGGCGGCGGGGUGGUCGUCGUCGGUCGCAGACGAAGCAGCUCCUCGUCGUGGGACCGCAGCGAAGAAGAUGAAGUUUGACACACGUGGAG